AUGCGUGCCUGGAUGCUUACCCUCUUCGCUCUGAUGCUCGCAAUCAUGUGCUUCACCAUGGCAGAGCCAGUACCUAUAGAUGCCGCGGAAGCGGAAUCAGACGUCAGCAACUACGUCCGCCAGAAGAGACAAUUUUUGUAUGGAUACCCCCGCUACAGAACGUAUUCAUAUUAUGUAUACCCCAGCUACAGCCGUCUGUAUUAUCCUUUCUACUCUGUGUGGUAUUAA